AACAACUGUCAACAAAAGUUGUGUACGCAAAAAAAAAAUAUCAAAAUAAAUCAAAAUAGUUUUUGUGAAAAAAGGAAAAAUUUUGUCCGUAAUAAAUUGUCUAAUUGUCCGUUCACGUCACAGGGAAUAGUUGCUUACAUUAAUGCCAUUCAGUCCAUCAAACCGAAAACGAUGGCAUGGUUUAAAUUAAACGACAGCUUAAAUACGCUGAAAGGCCAAAUAUCAAAUGUUUCGAAUGUUGUGCAAGAAGUAUUCUCCGAAGCAAUCAUUGAUGAAAAUUCGGCCGAACCCGUAGCUAAAUUGGAGGAUGCCGUCAAGGAAAUCGACCAUUUGACCAAUUUGUGUAACACCAAGGACAAUGAGCUCACCGCUCUGCGCCGCCAAAUAUUAGAAUUGCAACAGCAGAAAAAUGCUGAAAACACCACCGGUUCAGCGCUGGUAAAAUCGAAUGCCGAUCAAAAUGCACCGCCCAUCGAAGACAGUUGGUUCUGGGAUCCCGAACCGAACACAGCGUCAUCGUCGUCCAAAGAUCAUUCGUCAAAGUCGGGUUCCGGCGGUGACUUAACCAUAAUACCGUUAGAUAAUCAACGCAGUUCGAGUGAAACAAUUGAAAAACUUCGGUCGGCCAUCGAUGACAAGGAUCGACAGCUGGAAAAAGUGAAGAUCGAAAACGCAAUUUUAAACGAAAAGAUCAACCAAUUGUCCAAUGAAAAUCGGGAACUCAACACCAACAUCGAUGAGUUGGAUCGACAGCAUGAGACGGCCACGGAGCGGCUAAUCGAUAUGAAAGAUCAAAUCGAACAGAAAUGGAAUGCCGCACAGAAGGAGCUGGAGAUAGCUAAGCUUGAUGGCAGCAAGUUGAAUAAAUUGCUGGCCGAUUAUGAGGAUCUGACGGGUAAAUACGCGAAUGUGGAAAAGUCGUACAUUAGCGGAAUGGAAGAAAACCUAGGAUUGAAAAAUCAAAUCCAGGAACUAAGUGCAGAACUCGAAAAGCUUGUUAGCAAAAACAUGGAAUUAAUGUCAUCGUCCGAUGAAAGGGAAAAGGAAAUCAUUGACAAACUGGGUUUUGUGGACAUUGAAAAGGAAAAGGAUCAGCUGGCAGAUGUUGAAAACUAUAAAUUACAAAUAGCCGAGCUGAAUAAUCAAAUCAAGGAAUUGGAUGAUUUGAAAGUCCAACACCAAAAAACCAUUGACGAAUUGAAAGCCAGCAAGGCCAACCUCAGCAGCAUGAUGGAAGAGUUAGCUCAAUUGAAUAGUACGAUCAGCAACAAAGAGUCUGCUCUAAUGGAACGGGAUAGUGACAUAGAACAGCUGAAGAAGAAAUACGAUCAUCUCGAGACAUCGUUUAAUGAAUUCCAGGAAGACGCACUGAUCAAAGAAAUGGAAUUGGGAAAAGAAAAAAAUUCACUCGAAGAUAAGUUGUCUUCGUUGGAUGCCACGUAUCAGAGCCUCUUAACUGAGCUGGAAAAUUCGAAAUCUCAGCAAAAAGAGUCAAACGACAAAUAUGUGCUUCAGACAGAGUUCGAUAACUUAAAAGCGAAAGCGUCAGAUAGUGAAACAAAGCUCGUCGAGGAGAAUGUGGUGCUUCAAAAAGAAAUUCUGGACUUGCAGACGUGCAUCCAAAAUCACAGCCAAGGUGCUAAUGUCAUCAAUAUUGAAGAUUUGCGCAGCUUGAUCAAAAAAUACAUCAAUUACGAUGUCACUUUGGAUGGAAGCAUGAACAGUUUGGAAGAGUUUUUCCAAGGUAUCGGCGACUCGUUUAGUACACUGGAUACGAUCGAAAAAAAUCUGAAUGGCAUGACCGAUGAACUGAAAAUUGUGCUGGCGGAGAAGAAACGCGUAGAACAUGAGAAGGAGACCAUAAAAGCCGAUCUGCAUCACUAUGAAAUCGAAGUCGGCGAGCUGAUGAAGAGUAACGAAGUUCUGCUGACAGAAAUCGAACAUUUAAAAUCCGGUAAAUUGGAAACCAUUUCCGAACACAAUGAGGACAGCAUCAUUAGCUUGGAGAAACAGCUGGAAGAUUGCAGUAAUUUGAAUCAAAGCUUGGAAGAUGAGUAUCAAGAGAUUCGCGAUCGGUUGGAAGAAGUUGAAAACGCAAAAGAAAUGCUGGAGCAGAAAUUGGAGAAACUAACGGAAGAACUUCAAAGUGAACGAGAAGCGUCGAAGGAUCUUACGUCUAAAUUGGAGAAUCUGGACGCGGAACGAUCAAAUUUACUGUUUGAAAUAAACGAAUUGAAAGCUGAGGAUUCGCUGAACGUGCUGGAGCAGUCAAUUGCGGAUAAAGAUAGAGCGAUCGAAGCUCUUGAACGUCAGUUCAAAACGUUGAAUCAAGACCAUACAGAAUUGAUAGCCAAAUUACAGUCGUUACAAACUCAAUCUUUGGAAAUGAAAAGUAACUUACAGAGCCAAAUUGCAGAGCUACAAAAUGGUCUCGUAGCGAAGGAUGAGCUAAUAACGAAAAAGGAACAAGAUGUUCUUGAAUUGAUCGGUGAAAUUCGAGGACUGAAGAAAGAAAAUGCAGAAAGAUCCGAAACACAGGCAAUUGAUGAACGUCAGCAGCAGGAAACAGAAGGGUUAAUCACGAAAUUGAAAAAUCUGGAGAUGGAAUUAUCGAAGAUCCAAGAAGAGUGUGUCGCUAAGCAGACCGAAGUCGACAGUUUACAGUUGUCAGUGGCAUCAAGUCAAGCAGACAAUGAGAAUCUUCUCGCGAAAAUUCAACAUUUAAACGAAAAACUCACUUCUGCAGAAGAACACACAACAACAAAUCAGAGCCUCGAUACGAUUUCCAUGGAAAAUGAAUCGUUGAAAGUUGCGCUGGAAAGUCUGUCGAAAGAGAAGAACGACCUCAUAGCUCUUAUAACAGCAAAACACAACGAAAACGUUCAAUACCACGCCGAAAUACAACGGCUGAGCCAACUGUUGAGUGUUGAGGUCGAAAAACAUCGAGAAUGCAUCAACUGUGCGGAAUUGUCGAAACAGCUGAAUGAACUGAAGGCAAACAAUCAGAAUGUGGAAAAGCUAAACGACCAGGUCACAUUUUUGAGGGAAAAAUCCGAUAUCCUCACACAGAAUUUGGUUACCGAACAAAUGAAUCAGAAACUGUUGAACCAAGAGCGUUCGGAGCUAAUCGAAGAGAAAAAUGGCUUGGCAAAAGACUUGGACAGACUUCGACAGCACCUGCUAGAGGUGGAGGAGACCCAUAUGGCGGAAACGGUGGAAUUGCAGCAGAUCAUUAGUGAAACGAAAUCAAAGAUGUCGGUCUUGGAAGAGGAGGCAAAGAAAUCUAGUAAUGCGUACACGUCAGCAAGUAUUCGAGCGAAUCAACAUACCGAAACGCUACAAACGCAAUAUCAGUUACUCACACAACAACGGGAUGAGCUGCUGGCCAAGCUUAGCGCUGCAGAGGACAAGGAAUCUAGGAACGAAGCUGCUCUGAUCAACCUACAAUGUGCACUUGAACAAUUCCAGAAUAACAAGGAGAGAGACGUCGAAUCCGUAACGUACCGACUGCGUAAAGACUUGGAAAACGAGGCAAAGAGACAGAUUGAAUUGCAAAACGAAAUCAAGUCAUUGCACAACCAGUUGACGGAAUCGAAAAACGGUCUUUUGGCGGCGAGUAGAAUCACCGAUCAAUUGGAAAGUUGUCAGGUAGCUAACGCAACUUUGAAAACCGAACUACGCGACUGCAAUGACAAAAUGGCCUUGAUGGAGAAAAAGCUAAUGGAAUCAGAAUCGUGCCAUGCCGACAAAAUUGAGAAGGGACUGCUGAAAAAUCUACUCAUCGGCUACAUUGUAGCACCAAAUCAAAAUGACAAACUACAAAUACUGAAGCUCAUUUCGUCGGUGCUGAGUUUCGAUCAAAGUGAAACGGAUAAAGUUGGUCUGAAUAAAACACACACGUCGUGGCUGAACUCGUUGUUGGCCGGUACCGGUGGUGGAUCUACUGAAAAUGUUACAGAAAAUUACAACGCGAAAGGACUCGGCGAAGCGUUUGUCAAAUUUUUGGAGAAAGAAUCACAGCCACGCGCCAAUACAGCGAAUUCGAUGUCGCUUCUCAAUAUUGUACAGAAACCGCUAACUAAGCCAGUGUCCAGCGAAAUGUCAUCUGCACAUGUUUCGCCGUUGCCACCAGUCAGUCAACCAUCAACAACAGCAGCUGCAGCCACAACAACCGCGACGGUGCCGGCACCAAUUCAACCCAUACUACUGACCGAUUCGAUUAUGCAAAAUUUUGCUCCGCCUCGGAAUUCCAGUUCCAUUCUGAAGGAUAUUUUGAAUGAUUCAUGAUUGAACGUUUAUUACUGAAAGUGCAUUAAGAAUUCCCCUCACCCCGGUAACUUUUAUAAAUACAUUUGUCCGUAUAUGAAACACAGUGGUGGUUAGUUUUGUCUUUAUUUAACGUAAAAUUUAUUUUUUGUCUGUAAAUUCUUUUUUUUUGUUGAAAAUUGAUUUUCUCAAUUUGAUAUCUAGGCUAACGCGCAUAUUUUACAAAAUAAUAAAAAUUUAAUGAAAUUUA